AGAAUGGCUACAGAAAAUCACUCUACAGUGACAGAGUUCAUUCUCGGAGGUUUAACAAAUCAACCAGAGCUCCAGUUCCCCUUCUUCUUCCUCUUCCUUGGGAUCUACUCAGUCACUAUGGUAGGGAACCUGGGCAUGAUAACACUGAUUUGUCUGAACGCUCAGCUUCACACCCCCAUGUACUGUUUCCUCAGCAACCUGUCCUUUGUGGAUCUCUGCUACUCCUCUGUCAUUUCCCCUAAGAUGCGAGUGAACCUUGUAUCAGAGAAGAACAUCAUCUCUUAUGCAGGGUGCAUGGCCCAGCUCUACUUCUUCCUUCUAUUUGUCAUUACUGAGAGUUACACACUGACGGUGAUGGCCUAUGACCGCUACGUUGCCAUCUGCAGACCUCUGUUUUACAACAUCAUCAUGUCUCAACGAGCCUGCUUCCUGCUAUUGGCUGGGGUCUACGUCAUGUCAGUCAUUGGCUCAACCAUAGAGACUAUCAUCUUGUCGAAACUGUCCUAUUGUGAGACACUCAUCAGUCAUUAUUACUGUGACAUACUUGCCCUUAUGAAGCUCUCUAGCUUAAGCACCUAUCAUAUUGACAUGAUAGUAUUCUCUUUGGCUGGAUUUGACAUCAUAGUCACCAGCUUAACAAUCCUUGUUUCCUAUGCCUUCAUCCUGUCCAGUAUCUUCCGCAUCAGAACCACAGAGGGAAGGUCCAAAGCUUUCAGCACCUGCGGCUCCCACUUUGCAGCCAUGGGGGUGUUCUAUGGAACAACUACUUUCAUAUAUUUGAAACCCUCCACGGCCAGUUCCCUGGCCCAGGAGAAUGUGGCCUCCGUGUUCUACACUUCAGGGAUCCCCAUGCUGAACCCCUUGAUCUACAGCUUGAGAAAUAAGGACAUAAGGGCAGCCAUGCAGAAAAUCCUGAGAGGAAAAUGGUUUAAGGCAAAUGUUAUUACUCUUUCUUAG